AUGGAAGCCAUUAAUGUGCUUCCUCUGCUUCUCAUCUCUCUGCUUUUGACUUUUCUUGUCGUACAAGCAACCAAUAUUAUUACAUCAAACCAGACUCUAAAAGACGGAGACACCAUUGUGUCAACAGGUGGGAGCUUUGAGCUCGGUUUUUUCUCUCCAGGAGGGUCAAGAAAUCGUUAUCUCGGAAUUUGGUACAAACAAGUCUCUCUCCAGACCGUUGUUUGGGUCGCAAACAGAGAUUCGCCUCUCUACGAUCUCUCAGGAGCCCUAAAAAUCUCUGGAAAUGGGAGCUUAUGUCUCUUCAAUGGCAGAAACUCCAUCAUAUGGUCAUCAUUUUCUUUGAAGAAAAUCAGCGUAAGAAACCCGAUCGUUCAGAUUCUUGAUACAGGUAAUUUAGUUGUGAGAAACUCAGGGAAUGAACAAGAUUAUAUAUGGCAGAGUUUAGAUUACCCCGGAGAUACGUUUCUUCCAGGAAUGAAAUACGGUAUCGAUUUUGUAACCGGAAUCAACCGGUUCUUGACAUCUUGGAGAUCUCCAGACGAUCCAUCAACUGGUAACUACACGAACAAAAUGGAUCCAAACGGUGUACCGCAAUUUUUCUUGACGAAAAAUUCGGUUGAUGUCUUCAGGGCUGGUCCAUGGAACGGUCUAAGAUUCACCGGUAUGCCUCACCUAAAACCUAACCCUAUCUAUCGAUUCGAGUUUGUGUUCACUGAGGAAGAAGCGUACUACACUUACAAGCUUGAAAACCCUUCAGUGAUCACAAGAAUGCAGCUGAAUCCAAAUGGAGCUUUGCAACGUUACACUUGGGUCGAUAGCCUUCAAAGUUGGAACUUCUAUUUAUCGGCUCAAAUGGAUAGUUGUGAUCUCUACACGUUGUGUGGCUCUUACGGAAGCUGCAACAUCAAUGAAUCUCCGGCCUGUAGGUGUUUAAAAGGGUUUGUUCCUAAAUUCCCAGAGGCUUAUUUUGCAGGAGACUGGUCAGAAGGGUGUGUUAGAAGAGUGAAAUUGAAUUGUGGUAAAGGCAAAGAAGACUUUUUGAAGAUUUCUAAAUUGAAGUUACCUGAUACAAGAGCAUCGUGGUACGAUAAGAGCAUGGAUUUGAAUGAAUGCAAGAGGGUAUGCUUGAGAAACUGUUCUUGCUCAGCUUAUUCGCAUUUUGAUAUCAGAGAUGGAGGAAGAGGAUGUAUUCUUUGGUUUGGAGAUUUGAUUGAUAUAAGAGAAUAUAAUGCAAAUGGACAAGAUCUGUAUGUGAGGCUUGCUUCCUCAGAAAUAGAAAAGUAUAAUCUUCAUGACGUGAAGUGGAAGAUUAGGAUGAUGCUGAUUGUAGUAUUUUCUACAGCACUGUUUCUUAUUUUCCUCUACAUAGGUUUGACUGUGUUUAUUAUGAUGAAAAAGAAACUUGCAACAAAAGAAAUUGCGCAGCGCAAUACAGACCGUGUUUCAAGCAGGAAACAAGAGGACGAAGAUCUUGAAUUACCGUUUCUUGAUCUUGACGCGGUCUCAGAAGCUACGGAUGGAUUCUCUGAUGGGAAUAAACUUGGACAGGGUGGUUUUGGACCGGUCUAUAAGGGAACAUUGACUUGUGGACAAGAAAUUGCUGUAAAGAGGUUAUCAAGAACGUCGAGACAAGGGAUAGAAGAAUUCAAGAACGAGAUCAAGCUAAUUGCAAAGCUGCAGCAUCGUAAUCUUGUGAAGAUUCUAGGGUAUUGUGUGGAGAAAGAUGAAAGAAUGCUUAUCUACGAGUAUCAAAGGAACACAAGCUUGGAUUCUUUCAUUUUCGACAAAGAACGGCGCAGAGAACUUGAUUGGCCUAAAAGGAUGGAAAUAAUCAAAGGGAUUGCUCGUGGACUGAUGUAUCUCCAUCAAGAUUCAAGGCUUCGAAUCAUCCAUCGCGAUCUCAAAGCAAGCAAUGUUUUGCUUGAUUCUGAUAUGAACCCGAAAAUCUCGGAUUUUGGGUUGGCUAGAACUUUGGGAGGAGAUGAAACUGAAGCAAACACAACCAGAGUUGUUGGAACUUAUGGAUAUAUGUCUCCAGAGUAUCAAAUCGACGGGUAUUUCUCAUUAAAAUCCGAUGUAUUUAGCUUUGGCGUUUUAGUAUUAGAGAUAGUGUCAGGAAGAAGAAACCGCGGAUUUUGCAAUCAAGAACACAAGCUUAACCUUCUUGGACACGCUUGGAGGCUAUACAGAGAAGAUAAGGCAUGUGAGCUAAUCGAUGAAGCUUUCAAGGAGUCAUGCACGGAUAUUUCUGAAGUGUUAAGAGCGAUACACAUAGGUCUGUUAUGUGUACAACAAGAUCCCAAAGACAGACCAAACAUGUCUGUAGUGGUUCUGAUGCUGAGUAGUGAAACGUUGCUUCUUGAUCCGAAGGAGCCUGGGUUUUACAACGAACGAAAUCUCUUGUUUUCUGACACUGUAUCGAUUAAUAUUGAGAUUCCUUCCAACAAUUUUCAAACCAUGAGUGUAAUAGAGCCCAGAUAA